AAAAAGAGAAAAAGAAAUUAAGGAGAGUGAGAUGGGAAGUAUUAGGAUUUAGGAGGAGAGAAAAAGAGAGAAAGGGUGGAAGCGAAGAAUGAAAAUCUGGUUCUGCCAGACACCAACGACAACAGCUACAUUCCGACUCCGCAAUCGCCGCCGCGAGAGUUGCUUCCACGACGUCGUUUUCCACUUGAAUGAAUGGGAAACUGCGGAACCAGAGAGGAAUCUGCCGUAGUUUCCAACGCUCAAGUUCAGCAGCUUCACCAUGCGACGUCGUUGGGCGCGAGUGCGAGGAGCCAGAACGCCGGCAGCGAGAAGAGGCACGGUCACGGUCACAGGCACAAUCUGAGCGAGUGCGCUUCGGAUCUGAGCGAGUCGUGUUCGACGCCGCGCGGUAACAGUGGCGGCAACACGCUGCUCUACACGCACGUGAUCGCGUUCACGCUGUACGAGUUGGAGACCAUAACGAAGAGCUUCCGCGGCGACUACAUCCUCGGCGAGGGAGGGUUCGGGACCGUUUACAAAGGCUACAUUGAUGAGAACGUGAGAGUGGGACUCAAAUCGCUGCCUGUAGCGGUCAAAGUGUUGAACAAGGAGGGACUGCAGGGACAUCGCGAGUGGCUCACGGAGGUGAAUUUUCUAGGGCAGCUUAGGCAUCCUAAUCUGGUGAAGUUGAUUGGGUACUGCUGUGAGGAUGACCAUAGGCUGCUUGUGUAUGAGUUCAUGUUUCGAGGGAGUUUGGAGAAUCACCUGUUCCGAAAAGCAACUGUUCCUUUAUCAUGGGCUACAAGAAUGAUGAUUGCUCUUGGAGCUGCCAAAGGACUUGCCUUUCUCCACAAUGCUGAAAGACCUGUAAUCUAUCGUGACUUCAAGACGUCUAAUAUACUAUUGGACUCUGACUAUACAGCCAAGCUUUCUGAUUUUGGACUAGCUAAAGCAGGACCACAAGGUGAUGAAACCCAUGUAUCCACCCGAGUCAUGGGUACAUAUGGAUAUGCUGCCCCUGAAUAUGUAAUGACUGGCCACCUGACAGCUAGGAGCGACAUCUAUAGCUUUGGCGUUGUUCUUUUGGAGCUUUUAACGGGAAGGAAAUCUGUUGACAAGACCAGACCCGGAAAGGAACAGAGCUUAGUAGAUUGGGCAAGGCCAAAGCUCAAUGAUAAGAGAAAGCUCCUACAAAUAAUUGAUCCUAGACUGGAGAAUCAAUACUCAGUGAGGGCAGCACAAAAAGCAUGUAGCCUGGCUUAUUACUGUUUGAGUCAAAAUCCCAAAGCGAGGCCACUAAUGAGUGAUGUAGUUGAGACAUUGGAACCCCUACAAAGUUCAAGUGUUGGUGCAGGUGAAGUCUCAUUAUCUGGAUCAAAUAGUGGAAGUGCUGGUCCUUUUGCGAUGAACAAAAUCUCUGACUACCGAAUGCGUCACAAGUUUUCAAACAAUGUUGGUCCUGGUGCUUCUUGUCGGUCGCCAAACCCAAAUUGCUCACCAGGUGGUCCAGCAGCAUUACGGGUCAGAUGAGAUAAUCUCAUGCUAUGAACCCGUCUGGUGUGCUUGUCGAAUCUCCCCUUAAUCUCGAGAAAUAGUAAUUGUUGUUAAAAUGUGGGUGAAUCCUUGUAUUUGUUGCUUUGUACAUGAUGAUAUGGUGUCAAGAAGCCCCGGUGGAUAAUUUUUGUAUCAAAGUUUGGUCUUCGGUUCAUCUGGGUGGGAAUUAUUGUGUGGAAAUCUGUGUAUUUGUAAUCAUCGUGGCAUCAGAACUAAUAUAACUGGCUCCUCACAACAUCAGUAGGAGUAAGACGACUCCAACACGCAAGUACUUAAUGAUCUUUCUUUGAGAUAAGAUUAUUAGGGGUAAGAUAAGACAGUCUUAGUUAAUAUUUCUAUGUCAUGCCCGGUUUCUUGU